AUGCAUAAAAUGAAGAUACUUUGGUCGGGACUUGUGUGUCUGACUGUCUGUGCUUGGUCAGAUUUUUUUACUCGGACAAUACGAUCGGAUACGAGGCACACAUAUUUUUCAGGAGCCGAUCGCGAGCACGAGCAAGAUCAGAUCAGAUUUCAAUUUCUUUUUGCUCUAUGUUUAGUACCAUAGCUUUAUUACACGCCGAUCUAUCUAUCUUGACGUUUUUGUGACUGUUUAACUUGGAUUUGGAGACUGGAAAAUCUCAUUUAACUUCGAAUUUUGAAUACUGUUUCGCUGAAUUAAAACAUAUUGGAACAUGCCUAAAUACUAUUGUGACUACUGUGACACGUAUCUCACACAUGACUCGCCGUCAGUAAGAAAGACACACUGCAAUGGAAGGAAACACAAAGAGAAUGUAAGGAUAUACUAUCAGAAAUGGAUGGAGGAGCAAGCACAGUCUCUCAUUGAUAAAACAACUGCUGCAUUCCAGGCCGGUAAAAUCGCACACAAUCCAUUCUCCAACAGCAGUGGUCCUCCGGGCUCAGGACCCCCGGGCCCCGGUGGGCCUCCCGGACCCCCAGGUACAGGAGUCCGUGUACCCCCUCCCAAUAACUACAAUCCCAAUGGACCAUUCCCCGGUGGUCCUAUGCCUCCUGGAGCUGGUCUAAUGAGACCCCCUCAUCCCAGAGGACCACCUGGUUUUAUCAUGGGUGGACCUAGACCUGGACCCUUAAUGAGACCGAUGGGACCGUUAUGAUCAACCCCGCACAGACCGCUGCUCCCCUGUACAUAGCCCAUCAAUGUUUUUUAUUCAAUAAGGCAAGGCCAAAACAAUCUGAAAGAUAUGUGGAACACUCUUUCCAUGGAUUUUCGUUCCAGUGCCAUUUGGGACUUUGAAACUCUUCUUCAUAAUGAUAUUUGUGAAUGACAGGGAUGUUGUCAAACCUGCAUAUAAGAUCACCAGGGCCCCGUUGCAUAAGAGUUACUAUAAUGGUAACUUUGCCAUUCAAUGGUAACUACCAUGGUAACAAUGCUUAUCAGAAUCAAGGCCCCAAAUUCACAAAGGUGGUUUUGAAAACCUACGGUUGAAUCCAUGGUUUAUGCAGAUUUCCUAUAUAAAUUACGCUUUAUUUAGCGCAUAUCGGGUGCGUGUAUAAAACAUUCCAAUGCUGAUGCGUGCUUUGUUACAGUGCGCCAAAUUGACGCCUGUUACCAUGGUAAGAUACGCUAUUUUAUUCAUGAGUCCUAUGUUUGAAGAGUGGACUCAUUAUUCAAAACAGUGAACUCAUGAAUAAAAUAGCGUGGAUAACCAUGGCAACAGGCGUCGAUUUGGUGCACUGUAACAAAAGCGCGCAUCAGCAUUGGACAUUUUUUAAUAUAUGCAAUAAAUAUGCGUAAUAUAUACAGAAAAUCUGCAUAAUCCAUGGACUAAAUUGUGGGUUUCCAAAACCACCUUUGUGAAUUCGGGCCAAGGAUUUUAGGGAAGUUACCAUUGUACUAGCUUCUGUUUAUAGUACUCUUUGACACCUGCAACAGUCAAGUACAACACAUCUCUUAUCAUCAAAGCUCCUCAUGUAAAGUGAAACAAUUUUGGGUCUGAAGUAUUUGUUCCACCAAUGAUUUUAAUUUGUUUUUAAUAUAUGUGCUUUUUCGUGUCUUUUUAUAGAGCUGUCAGGACAAGAAAACUUUGUAUCUAAAUAAAUGAAAUGAUAGAACACACAUGUAAUUUGGGAUAGAGAGAAUUUGAGUAGGGGUGCAUUAUUAUGCAGAUUAUGCAUGAAAUUAAACAUGUAUUUAUUUAAUUUCCCAAUAUCUUUUUUGGGUGAAAAUAUGGAGAUAUCAAUGGGGACCUUCUGUUGUAACAAAUGUAUUAGGGUUUGAUAGGAAUUUUCUGACUUUGUGCAAGGAAGAAAGCAUUUCAGCAAUGGAAUUGCAUUAUGACACUGUCCAGUAGACCAUUGUAGGAUUAGGAAGACAUUUACAUGUAACUUGAAUAUUCACAUUUCCAAAAUAUGCAUGUCUGAUUUACUAAAAUCAAGUAGCAUUCAAUUUUAGAGUUAUGUUUAAUAGUAAGCCUUUGGGAAAAAUGUGCCAGGUUAUAAUAUAUAUGCCUUGUUGUAAUAUUGCUAGGGAAGAGUUGUGUCAGAUCUGUUUCUGCCCGGAUUCCGCUGGAGUCUUUCCAGUAGGAAUCUGGUAUUUGAGAUACAUACCACCUGACAUCUAUUUAAAUGAAAGAAAUUAAGAUCAAUCAUAUUGUUGCAAUUGAUUUUUGAUUGAUCACAACUCUUUAGAAGACAGGGCCCCUAUGUGUAUCUUUUUAUACUGUAAGUCCACUCUUAAUUUUUUCCUGAAUGAAUGUUUGAUUUUGUGUAAUGUGUAUUUAUGAGGAAGUUUGCCAUAAUGUUCUGUUAGUUGAUAGUUAUUUUCUCCUGUACGACACAUGUUGUUAUGCUCCAUUAUGUUGUUUCAUCAGUCCGGGGGGGGGGGGGGGUGAUUAUUACCCAUCCAGGGCUGGGUUCCUGUGAUGGCAAGGUAUGGUUAGGGGCCCAUGUCAUAAAACUUGUUAUAAUAAAAAACUUACAGUAAUAAAUUAAAGCUAUAACUUGAAUGGCUGAUAGUGAAUUCGGUAUGGGAAUUGUGGAUUUGUUGUUAUAAUUUUUAAACAAGUCUUUAUGAAUCAGAACGCUACUGUAGUCCUGCAAAAUUAUAUAAUUCGAUUCUUCAAGAGCUAAUUUGUGACAGAAAUCCUGCACAUGUAAACAAGGUUUUGUGUAAAGUCCCCUUGCUCUAAAAUGAGUCACCAGUUUUUAUGAAGCAUUUCUUUCAUUUCCUUAUGUGACCAUCAUGAACUGUACAAAUAUAUUCAAUAAAGAUACAACUUUUGUAAAUUA